GCAAGUUUAUAAAGUUUCCACUAAUCUCUGGCAUGUGCUGUAAUAAAGGAAUCAAAGUGGAGGACAAGACACACAGACUCAGUUGAUUCUCUCCAUUCUGAAUUGUCCAACUGAACCGUGAUGGGCCUUCUGCACUUGAUCCUGCUAUCUACUUUCCUCUCAGCUUCCAUGACAUCAGAAUCAUUUCAUGCAAUGGAAGACGAAGCUUUGGUUGUAAAAUGUCCCCAAGACUGUCAAAAUAGGACCGUCAGAUGGUAUCACACACAAAGUAACCAGCUCAUUCCUGCAGAAGAGGGUGGACGGAUACAUUCCUCUGGGCGAUUUCUUUGGUUUCUGCCAACAUCAAAAGAGGACUCGGGAAACUACACUUGUGUUACAUGCUAUUAUAAUUAUAAGAAACAGUACACUGUGAGUGUGAUGGUGUAUCCACACAAGCAAGGAAUUUGUUUCCCAAGUCAGAUACGUUAUCCAAAUGAUACCGGAACGUUAACUUCUGGAAGAAUUGUUUGCCCUACGAUUGACAAUUAUGAGAAUGCUACUAUUGUCAAGUGGUAUAAGGACUGCAAAGCUCUCCAAGGACCACGUGAAAAAUAUUUAAUGGGAGAGAAGUAUCUUUUUAUUAAACAUCCCCAAAAAACUGAUGAAGGAUAUUAUACUUGCCAUUUUACCUACACGCACAAUGCAAAUGUAUAUAAUGUAUCAGCGACAAGACCCUUUAUAAUUAAAGUAUGCCCUUCACCUAUACCUCCCCGAAUUCAAUAUCCAACAGACAAUGCUGUAAUAAAAGUGGAGUGUGGUUCUCCUGUGGACAUUAGCUGUAGAGCCCUUCUGGGGAUUGGGAAGCAAAAUAUAGCCGUUGUUACAUGGGAGGUUAAUGAAAUCAAAGCUGAAGAUCUCGAUACUUCAAGGUUUCGUGAAGACCGUCAAUUUUUUAUGGGACGUGACUGGGAAUACUAUGGAGAGUCCAUUUUAAAUAUUGAGGAAGUAAAGGAAGAGGAUUUUCUGUCGAAUUUCACAUGUGUAGCACUAAAUGAAAUAGAACAUGUAAAGCUCACGGUGACAUUACAGCUCAAAGUGCCUUGUAAGGGAGAUAAUCACAGCACCUACACAACGAUAGGGAUUCUUGUUUUGUUAGUUAUAAUAGCCCUCUUGCUCAUACUUUACCAGUUUUUCCAAACUGAUAUUGUCCUACUGUGUCGGGGGAUAUUUAAACCCUACAAAACCCAGGAUGAUGGGAAGAUAUACGAUGCAUAUGUUAUCUAUCCCAAAAAUCGCACUAAUGAAGCUAAUUUUGUGGAAUAUUUUGUUCACCAGAUUUUGCCAGAUGUUCUAGAAAAUAAACACGGAUAUAAACUGUGUAUUUUUGGGCGAGACAUGUUGCCGGGGGAAGAUGAAGCUAAUGCAUUUGAAAUGAGAAUACAGAAGAGCAGGAGACUGAUCAUCAUUCUAACGCCUCAGCUAAUUCAGUAUGAGGAAUUUGGUUGUGAACACCAGAUUGCCUUAUACAGUGCCCUCAUUCAGAACAACAUAAAGGUGAUCCUCCUUGAAAUGGAGACAAUUGGGAACUAUGAGGGCUUGCAAGAAUCCCUCAGGCACAUCAUCAAGCAGCAAGGUACCAUAAAAUGGAAAGAGAAGCACCAAGAAUGCUCACAUGCAUCCAACUCUAAAUUCUGGAAACUUGUGAGGUACCAUAUGCCACUGAGACACAAGCCUUCGCAACUCAACCAUGCUGUGUAAAUAGGUAGUUUUCUUAAAUACUGUUACUUUGUCUGUUUGAAUUGUCUGCUCCUGUUUGCUUUCUGUAAAUUUCAGGGGUAUCUAGUGAGUAAUAUAUAGAUCCUUCUUACUCUACAUAAAAGUUAAAAGAAUGGUAACAAACUAAAAUCCUCUUCCUUACUCCAUCAUUUUGUGAAGUAAUCAUGUUGUCUAACUGAUGGUCCCUCUAGUUUUUGUUCCCUAAACUCUCCUCCUCAUCUUCUCAUCUCACUACAUCAUAUCUACAACUGGUUCUGAUUCUGGGUUCUACUAUUUUUGUGGCACUCCAUUGACUUGUAUCUGAUAGCAGGAUUAGAAGCUUAGUUUGUAAACUCUUCAGCUCAGGGACUGGGACUCUUCUGGUUUUGGGAGGCUCCUACAACACAAUGAGAUGCCAUUAUAAAUAAAAUUAUAACAACAUGCUAAUAAUAAUUAAGAAAUGAUUUAGAUGCUGCUGCUUAUGUAUAUUUGAAUGCUUGGUAUAAAAAUUUGAAAUGUGAAUAAAAAUACAUUCUUUA